ACUAAAGUUAAUGAAUAACAAUGGGUUAAUUGUGUAUAUUAUUGGUACAACAGCAGCAGGAAAAACAAAUUUAUCUUUGAACUUAGGAAUAGACAAUUAUGAGAUUAUUUCUUGUGAUUCUAUGUAAAUAUAUAAGGAUGCUAAUAUUAUGACUGCAAAAGCUACAGCUGAAGAAUAAUAGAUUAGAAAGCAUCACGGAAUUGAUUUACUUGAUUUAGAUUCUGAAGGUUUUAAUCGUAAACAAUGGAAAAAUAGUAAAAUCUUUUAUAAACUAUGUUAGUAACAAUCUAAAAAAUUGAAGAAUUGUAAUCUAAAGGGAAAAUUCCAGUUUUAGUAGGAGGUACUCAUUAUUAUAUAGAAUCAAUCUUAUUUAAUUAAGAAAAUGAAGAAAAUUAAGUAGUUUAAGAAGCUGAAUUAAAUUUAAAUGGCAAAGAACCAUAUGAAUAUUUAAAAUAGAUUGAUCCUUUAGCUACUGAAAAAUUUCAUCCUAAUGAUCAUAGAAGGAUCAAAAAUUAAAUAAAAUAUUUUUUAAGCACAGGAUAAUUACCAUCUGAAUAAUUAGAUCAUCAUUCUGAAUUUUGUUAAUUAAGAAGCAAUAAUUUCCUUAUAUUUUGGCCAAAAUGGAAAAAAAAUGAAGAUCUAAAGAUAAAAGUAACUUAAAGAAUUCAUGAAAUGCUUGAUUAAGGGGGAACUGAAGAAAUAUUAAGAGUUUUUGAGAGAUUAUAGAAUAAUUAAAAUAAAGUUGGCGGAGUGUUAUAAAGUAUUGGAUAUAGAUAAUUUGAUAAAGUUUAUUAAUAUUAUAAAGAAUCAGGUUUAUAAUUUCCAAAUGUAGAUGAAAAGUUUAAUGAAUUAUUAAAAGAAGGAGCUGAAAAAUUAAUUAAUGAUACUAUGGGAUAUACAAAGAAAUAAAUAUAAUGGAUUAAGAAUAGAAUUCUAUGUAAUUCUAAAAUUGAUCUAAUAGCAAAUAGGUUAUUUUUAUUAGAAUUUGAAUCAAUUCAAACAUUUAAAGAAUAAGUUAUAGUUCCUGCUUAAAAAAUUUAUAGUUUAUUUUGUUAAUUAUUUUAAGAAGAUAAAUUGGGAGAUGAGUUAUUUAAUAUUAGCUAAUUAAAUUUAUAAAAUAUAACAAUAAUAACUCCUGAUAUGAUAAAAAAGUAUAAAUAAACAUAAAACUUAAAAUCAAGAUAAAAUUGGAAAAAAUAAGUUUGUGAAUUAUGUAAUAAAACAAUGAAUGGACCAUUUGAAAUAGAAUAACAUUUUAAGUCUCGUUUUCAUAGAAUUAAUCUUUUAAAAGAUGAAUAAUAUUAAAAAAAGAAAUAAAAAAUAGAUUGA